AUUUAUAUAAAUCUUUUUUUUGGGGAUGAGGGAUGAUAAUGAAGGAGAAAAGCUGUGAAACACACAAAUCUUGUGUGGAUGAGAAAUACCCAGUUGCUUUGAUAGGAUUUAAUCUCAAAUGCUCACCUCCAAAUCCUCAUCCAUUCACAAUUUUAAUUCAAUUUUCCUCUUUGGGACGUGAUUUAUAUAUGACCCACACGUAGUUGUCUUCAUUCAAACCCAUAUAUAUAGCCUCUUGCUUAUUUCUCUGUAACUUCUGCUUCAUCUUAACUCAAAUCUCUACAGCUAUUAUUCCUUUCCACUGGUUUCUUCACAUGCUCCAUCUUGCAUAGUCUUCGGAAUCCAAGAAACACGAAAAGUAACAACUAGCUACGAAGAUGGAGAUCACAAAUGUCACCGAGUAUGAGGCAAUUGCAAAGCAGAAGUUGCCCAAGAUGGUUUAUGACUACUAUGCAUCUGGAGCAGAGGACCAGUGGACUCUACAAGAAAACAGAAAUGCUUUCUCAAGAAUUCUGUUUCGUCCCCGCAUCCUCAUUGAUGUAAGCAAGAUAGACAUGACCACUACUGUCCUGGGCUUUAAAUUAUCCAUGCCAAUCAUGAUUGCCCCAACUGCCAUGCAGAAAAUGGCCCAUCCUGAAGGGGAGUAUGCUACAGCUAGAGCUGCAUCAGCUGCUGGCACAAUUAUGACUUUAUCUUCAUGGGCUACUUCCAGCGUUGAAGAGGUUGCUUCAACUGGACCUGGCAUUCGCUUUUUCCAGCUCUAUGUCUAUAAGGACAGGAAUGUGGUUGCCCAACUUGUGAGAAGAGCUGAACGGGCUGGGUUCAAAGCUAUUGCUCUUACAGUUGAUACCCCAAGACUAGGUCGCAGGGAAGCUGACAUCAAGAACAGAUUCACUUUACCACCCUUUUUGACAUUGAAGAACUUUGAGGGUUUGGACCUUGGCAAGAUGGACAGAGAUGUGCAGUGGCUUCAGUCAAUCACCAGCCUGCCAAUCCUUGUGAAGGGAGUGCUCACAGCUGAGGAUGCCAGGAUAGCGAUCCAAGCUGGAGCAGCGGGGAUUAUUGUGUCAAAUCAUGGAGCUCGCCAACUGGAUUAUGUCCCUGCCACUAUCAUGGCCUUGGAAGAGGUUGUCAAGGCUGCCCAAGGUCGAGUGCCUGUCUUCCUGGAUGGUGGUGUUAGGCGAGGAACUGAUGUCUUCAAGGCCCUGGCGCUUGGAGCCUCAGGCAUAUUUAUUGGACGACCUGUGGUUUUUUCGCUGGCUGCUGAAGGGGAAGCUGGUGUCAGAAAGGUGCUGCAAAUGCUGCGUGAGGAGUUUGAGCUAACCAUGGCUUUAAGUGGCUGCCGCUCAAUCAAAGAAAUCACCCGUAAUCACAUUGUUACUGACUGGGACCAACCUCAGUCUCGUCUUGCACCAAGGCUAUAGGCAACUACCCCAAGGACAUCAUAACCAAAAGCAAGAAGAAUAAUGAUCACUAUUUAUUUUGUACCUUGAGCGCUUUAUUCUCUUUGGAAACUCGUUACAGUUUCAUUUGAGUUGAAAAUGUUCUAAAGUUUUAAGCUUUUGUAAUGAUAUCGAUCAAGGCUACUUCUGCCUUCAUUGUAUAUUCUUCUUUCUUUCGGGAGACAAUUUAUAUACAUAUGAAGUUUUUGCUUGA